CUACCUUACCCGCCGCUGGGUGGCGGGUGUAAGAACCAGUCCCCCUUUCUUGUCAGAUUUUUUUCUGUCACCGGCUGGACAACACCUGUUGUUCAGUCCUCCGAUAGUUAGAUUCUUUCUCGUUGCCGACGAAUUGGAUUUUGGUGAAGUACCCUUUGUCUGUUGGCUUGGCAUACGCUUUUUGGAUUGUUUAUUUGGAUUUUCUUUUGGAUUUUUCUUUGGAUUAAUAAUCAUGGAUGAUUCUGAGGUUAAGAAACCUGCUCUAUUUAGAGGUUGUUCAGUGAGUGACUGUAAAGUGAGGCUUCCAAAGGCUGCUUUGGAUCCUCACUCCGUAUGUAUGGUAUGUAGAGGGAAUGAAUGCUCUUUCGUUAACCCUUGUAAAGAGUGCGAGAGUUUGGAUGAAGAUGGAUGGAAGGCUCUAUCUUCUUAUUUAAGGAAGUUGGAGAAGCAUAGGGCGCGCAAGGCUUCUUCAAUGAGCUCAAGUAGAUCGAGAGUGAGUGAAAUGGACGUUGAGAACCCUGUAGCAGAAGUAGUUCCUUCUCUUGUUUCAGCCCCUGCGCCCAGCUUUGAACCCGAAGGUUCGUUUUCGGGAGUUGCUUCCGGGAGAGCCUCGAUCAGGAGUAAGGAGAGCUUCGCUCGCUUUCUACAAGGUAAGAGUGACAGUGCAAGUGAUCAGUGCAGUGCCCCUAGUGCAGUGGAAGGUGCGUCUGACCGGUUCACUAACGCUUCCAGGCCUAGACCUCUUCCAGACUCCCAGACCCAGUUGAGGAGGAAAGUCGAAAGCCGCAGGAAGGUUAGGGAGAACCCCCACCAGUCAGGCGUCCCCUCGGCAGAUCCUGUUGCUCGUUCCCAGGCUGCCUUGGAUCGAGCCAAGAAGGAGUUAUUGCGCCAGUGUUUCUAGUCAUCUUCGUCGCCUUCUCCUAAGCGUAGAUGGAGCGCCUCGGAGUCGUCUCGCCCUCUCAAGAGGCCCUGGAAAGUUCCUCGCGCCCUUUCUUCCAGCCCUGAAUCCUUUGCGGAAGAGCCUGAAGUGGAAUGCAAGAGAGCCAAGAAUUCUGCAGUUUACGCUUCUGUUCGGUCUCGGACUAAGUCUCCUGUAGAGGAAUUCAAGAGAUCUCCUGCGCGCAUCUUGGUGGAUUGCGGCUUUAGCAGAUUCUAUUGCCGGAUCUUCUCAUCGUCGGAAGGACGCCUCGCUUCUGGUGAAGAAGUCAAGGAAUGUCUCUUCUGCUCGCUCUCCUCCUGCUAGAGAAGUUCUUGAGCCUCGUAGUAGGACGUCAGAAGAAGUUCGGGAUCGCUCUCCGUGUAGGCUCUCCUCUCUCCCCAGCAAGUGUAUUGAGUAUGUCAGGCGCAAGGAGCCUGACAGGCGCUCUCCUCAGGAUUUCCGCUCUUCUUCGGUUAAGCGUCAAGAGCUUGACAGGCACCAAGAGCCUCAUACUCGUCAAGAGCGAAAGAGGAGUUCUUCGCCUGGUAGCCGCUCUCCUUUUGACGGGCGCUCGGAGCCUAGUAGGUGCUGUUCUCCAGUGGCUCUUCCCUCGCCAGGAUUCUGUUCGCCCUUGGUCGAACGUACAGAAGUUUGUAGGCGCCAUUGGAGGCAUUCCUCUCCUUUUGAUCACUCCCGAUUGGAUAGGCGCACAGAGCCUUGUAAGCGCCGUGCUUCAGACAGGGACUCUUCCGCGGAAGUUUUUUCUCCCCGUGGCAAGCGCCAAGAGCCUGGUAGGGGUUUUGAGUCUGACAGGCGACAAUAGCCUGGCAGGCGUAUUGAGGCUGGUAGGCGCCAAGAGCCUAGCAGGCGCAGAGAGCCUGAUAGGCGCUCAUCUGUGGACAUGGACUUUGCUUCCGACAGGCGAGCUUCCACUAGUAGGCACUCUCCUAGUAGGUGCUCUCCUAGUAGGCGCUCUCCUAGUAGGCGCUCUCCAAGUAGGCUCUCUCUCAGUAGGCGCUCUCCCUGUAAGCGCUCUCCCAGUGGACAUUCUCCCAGUAGGCGCUCUCCGAGGAAAAGCUCUCCUCCUUGCAGUAGAUCUUCUAAGCUUCAGUAUCUUGGGGGUUCGGAGGAAGAUUUGCCUAAGGAUGCUUCAGUGUUGUCGUACAAGAGACUGACCGACCUCCUCUUGCAAGAUUUUGGGGAGUCUCUUUCGGCCGUUGCUCCUCCGUCACCUCUGUCCUUAUUUUCGACGACUAAUACAUCGAAGAAGUCUUCAGUCGUUAAGAUGAAACCGACAGUGUCGAUGAAGAAGGCUCUCAAGAACUUUGACGAUUGGUUGGUCUCGAAGGAGGAGAAAGGGAAGACCGUCUUUUCUUUUCCCCCGUCCAAACUUAUGGGAAAGAUGGGGUUCUGGUACGAAUCAGGAGAGCCCUUGGGUCUGACUCUUCCCUCUUCGGCGGACUCGGACUUCUCUUCGUUGGUUGAUUCCGCACGUCGCUCGGCGCUUAACUCUGCGAAGACGACGUGGGGUAUGAGCGAGUUAGAUCACCUUCUGAAGGGAAUGUUCCGGGUCUUAGAAGUUUUUAACUUUCUUGACUGGACCCUUGGAGUCAUGGCUAAGAGGACCCAAGAUCAAGACUCUCACCUGAAGAUCUUCACGCGGUGCUGUCUUGUAUGGACAAGGCAGUGAGAGAUGGAUCCGGGGAGAUAGCUUCCCUUUUUGGGGCAGGAGUAGUAAAGAAAAGGGCAGUUUUCUGCUCCUUUCUUACCAAGGCUGUUUCCCAUGCACAGAGAGCUUCCUUGUUGUACUCUCAACUUUCUCCGCAGCUCUUCCUGAAGAAGAUAAUAAACGACAUUUCCAGCUCGUUGUCAGCAAAAGCAACGCAGGAUAUGCUGGCUCGUUCAGCUAGGAUCCCGAAACCUUCGUUCCAGCAGAAAACGAAGAAGGACAAUCGGAGUAGGCAAGAGCCCUUUCAAGGAGGCCCUUCGUCCCGCACUUCUUCCUCCAGAGGUUCGAGACCACCUAGAAGAGGAAGGACCUUCUCUCGGUCUAUUAGGGCCAAGAAAUAGCUCUCGUGUCCUCCAGACGACUGUGGGUGCCAGACUUCUGAAUUUUGCAGACGUCUGGGCACAGAAGGGGGCGGACAACUGGUCCCUCGCUAUCAUCAAGAGGGGAUACCUCAUUCCCUUUACCUCGAGGCCACCUUUGACCACCACACCAAGGGAGCUGGUGGCCAAAUACAAAGACCCACUCAUGAAUCAAGCCCUCGCUCUAGCAGUAGAGCUGAUGUUGGAGAAAGAGGCAAUAGAGAUGGUAGAGGACCCUCUUUCCGCGGGUUUCUACAACCGUCUGUUCCUAGUUCCCAAGAACUCAGGAGGAUGGAGGCCGGUUCUGGACGUAAGCGCCCUGAACGUCUUUGUGAAGAAGAGGAAGUUCGCUAUAGAGACGACUUCUUCAGUCUUAGCAGCUCUUCGUCCCGGGGACUGGAUGGUGUCACUGGACCUUCAGGACGCUUACUUCCACGUGCCGGUCCAUCCUUCGUCAUGCAAAUUUCUAAGAUUCAUGUGGGGAGGGAACGUGUUUCAGUUCAGGGCCCUAUGCUUCGGCCUUUCCACAGCCCCCCAAGUCUUCACAGGGCUGAUGAAGAACGUUGCUCAGUGGCUUCAUCUCGAGGGAGUGAGGAUUUCCCUCUACUUGGACGAUUGGCUAAUCAGGGCCAAGUCGAGGGAAAAAUGUCUGGAGGACCUACGCUUAACGUUGAACUUAGCAGCUUCUCUGGGUUUGCUAGUGAAUUUCAAGUAGUCACAACUAAUCCCCAGUCGAGAUCGUAUCUAUCUGGGGAUUCGGAUGGCUUCUCAGGCUUUUCGGGUGUAUCCUUCCCCAGAGAGGAUAACCCGAUGUUCAGAGAAGGUCGCAACCUUUCUAGGGAAAGAUGUAUGCACAGCGAGGGAGUGGAUGAGUCUGUUGGGGACACACUCCUCGCUGGAGCAAUUCGUUUCUCUAGGGAGGUUGCACCUCAGACCCCUUCAGUUCUUCCUGACGAGGAACUGGAACCGAAGAUCUCAGGGUCUAGACUUUGCGUUCAAGAUUUCGCAAGUGAUAAAGGAGGAUCUCUGUUGGUGGCUAGACCCUCUCCUGUUCAAGGAAGGCCUUUCCUUGCACGUUCAGAACCUCAGCCUAGUGUUAUAUGCAGACGCGUCGGACAUAGGUUGGGGAGCUACUCUCGGGUCGAGAGAAGUGUCAGGCACCUGGAUGGGGGAUCAGGUGUCCUGGCACAUCAACAGGAAAGAGCUGACGGCGAUUUGGUUCGCUCUCAAAGCCUUCGAACCCCUCGUGAAGGGAAAGUCAGUUCAGAUCAAUUCGGACAACACCACAGCCCUGGCUUACAUUCGGAAACAGGGGGGACUCACUCUUUCUCCCUGUACGAGACAGCGAGAUCGCUCCUCCUGUGGUCGGAGGAAAGGAAGAUAAGUCUCCUCACCAGGUUCGUACAGGGAGAAAGAAAUGUCAGAGCGGAUCUGCUAAGCAGAAGGAAUCAAGUCCUUCCCUCAGAGUGGACUCUGCACUCGGACGUAUGCCAGGAGCUGUGGAAGACGUGGGGCAGGCCCCAUCUCGACCUCUUUGCGACCUCCAGGAAUGCGAGGAUAGAUCUAUACUGCUCCCCUAUUGCGGACCCACGAGCAGUGUCAAUAGAUGCAUUCCUGAUGGAUUGGAAAAACCUGGAUCUUUACGCGUUCCCGCCUUUCAAGAUUCUAGGGGAAACGCUAAGGAAGUUCGCAGCUUCAGAAGGAGCCAGGAUGACCUUGAUAGCUCCGUUCUGGCCCGCCCACGACUGGUUCACAGAGGUACUGGAAUGGUUAGUGGAUGUUCCAAGAUCCCUUCCACUAAGAGUCUAUGUGCUCAAACAGCCCCACUUCGACAGGUUUCACAAGAACCUCCCCGCUCUCAGUCUGACUGGAUUCAGACUAGCAAGAGUCUUGUCAGAGCUAAGGGAUUUUCGGCAAAGUCUGCAAGGGCUAUUGCCAAUGCACGUAGACCUUCCACCACAAGAGUCUACCAGUCGAAGUGGGAUGUUUUUCGACGUUGGUGCAGGACUCAUAAAGUUUCCUCCUCCAGUACCUCUGUGACUCAGAUAGCAGAUUUCCUUCUCUUCCUGAGAGAAAAAUGCUGGUUAGUAGUCUCUACCAUCAAGGGCUACAGGAGCAUGCUUUCUUCAGUUUUUCGUCACAGAGGAUUAAACAUAUCCGAAGAUAAGGACCUCCAUGAUUUAAUCAAAUCGUUUGAGACGGUUAAAAGAACCUCUUGCUUAGUCCCUAGCUGGAAUCUAGAUGUCGUACUGCUCUUCCUGAGGUCCUCAAGAUUUGAACCUCCCCAUACAGCUUCGUUCAGAGACCUCUCGAUGAAGACUCUUUUUCUCUGUGCGUUAGCCUCAGCGAAGAGAGUCAGCGAGCUGCAGGCUCUAGAAGGUGAGGUAGGUUUCCAAGGAGGCUCCGCGGUUUGCUCUUUUCUUCCGGCUUUCCUGGCCAAGAAUGAAAAUCCAUCUUCACCGUGGCCCAUGAGCUUCGAAAUUAAAAGCUUAUCCUCCUUAAUUGGGACAGAAGAGGAGAGAUCUCUUUGCCUGGUGAGAAGCCUUAAAUUUUAUCUUCAGAGGAAGAGAAGACUUGGGGCUAAUGCAAGAAAUCUCUGGUGCUCCGUAAGGGACCCCAGUAGGCCCUUAUCUAAAAAUACCCUCUCAUUCUUUAUCAGGAAUGUUAUUAGAGAAGCCCACACAUCGUGCAAUCAGGAACAGUUUAGUCUUCUGAAAGUCAAGGCGCACGAAGUAAGGGCCAUCGCGACGUCUUUGGCUUUCAAGAAGAAUAUGUCAUUGCAAAACCUCAUGAAGGCCACUUUUUGGAGGUGUGAAUCAGUCUUCUCCAAUCACUACCUAAAGGACGUAACGAUUAUGUAUGAAAAGUGCUUUGGGCUAGGCCCCUACGUAUCGGCGGAUUCAGUGCUGGGGCAGGGAGCUGAAACACAUCCUUUUUAAUCUUUUUCCCUGUUAGUUUUUGGUAUUGAGUUUUUGGUUGUACGAAGGAGGUUGCAGGAGGCAGCUCCUUCUUUCGUAUACUAAUAUUUGUAAUUGGUUAGGUGAUCGGUUGUGCUUGAGGCUCCUUGCAUUUGGUAGUGAUAGGCUCUGUCAAGUAAGUGGACUCAGUUCCGCAGACUAAGAGACAGUAACUAUGAAGUCUUCUGCCUAGAUCAGGUAAGAACCAAGGAUAUAUAUUUUAUUCCUUUAACAUGUGUUGUCCCCACUUUCUAGGUGAGUAUGUCUCUCUUUCCCUCCACCAAGGGUGUCAAUCAGCUAAGUAUAUAUCUGGCAGGGAAGUUCAUGUACAAAAAUGAUAUUGUUAGUAUACAAUAAAGUUUUGUACAUACUUACCUGGCAGAUAUAUACGAUUGAUGGCCCGCCCAGCCUCCCCUCAGAAGACAGGUGGAAGAAAAAAUCGACAAGAAAGGGGGACUGGUUUUUACACCCGCCACCCAGCGGCGGGUAAGGUAGAUCACCUGACCUACCUGUAGCGUGUGCCGCAAGUUUUGAAUUUUCUGUCGUGACGUCAGAGACGUAAGCUAAGUAUAUAUCUGUCAGGUAAGUAUGUACAAAACUUUAUUGUAUACUAACAAUAUCAUAUUUAGAGGAACUGGAAAUGUGUGGAAAAUAACAUUAGAAAUGGCCAUGAAAAAUAAGGGACAAGUGUGAUAAAUUGGUUCUCAAUGACAUUUGAGUAAGGUAUAAGCAAGUUAAAUGAUGAUCAGUACCAUAUGGAUAUCCUCAGAUGAAAGCAGGCAGGAAAUGGGACAAAGAUGCUUACAGGAUAACAGAGGAGGGAGGUCAAAAGGCAUUUGUCAAGAGAAAAUAAAGAGGAAUUGGGAGGAAUAUAAAUUUAGAAUUGCAAUACAUACACAGAGGGAAAAAGAGAAAUCAUCCAGGGGCAAAGGGGCUUGGGAAAGGUGGAUGGGCAAAGAGUAUGAAAGAUGAAAUUGGAGAAACUAAAUACUGGAGCAGUUGAAUAUGUAUUUUUAAAACCUAAAUGAAGAAAAUGUAUGUGAACUUGAGAGCAAUUGACAUAAGGGGAGAGACAGAGAAUGUAACCUCGGAAGAACUUGAAAGAACUCUUGGGAAGAUGUAAAAGGAAAAAAACUAAAUGUCCUUCCUGAAUAAAAAGUGAUCAAUGAAAUCAGCAGGAGAGCUGGCCAUCCAGAGCUUACUAGACAGUAUGAAAACUGAUAAAGGAAGAGAAGAAACCAUA